GUAUAAAAACGGAUUAUUGUAACCGAUUGUAGCAGAUCCCAACAUGCGGUGGCCGGUUCCACUUGUGGUGUUAAUCGUCGGCGCGAUCGCCGAAGAAGUGGCGGUUCCAAGACCAGUGGGUGUAGUGUACUUAAUUAACUUUAUCAACGGACCAAAGAGAGCGGAAAAUGUCGACGGCGGCAUCAACAACGAGAUCCCUCAAGACAGCUCCAAACCCAGGAUACAACCAGGAAUUUUGCUAGUUCAACCCAUCCCCGAAGACGAGGCCCUCACCGACGGAAUUUACUUCCGCCCUGCUGACGGCCAGCCUUUAGAAAACCCAGAGAAACUCAAAGUCGUCUCCAGACAAAGACGCUCGCCUUAUGGCUCGUACGGCAAAGGCAGUAGCGGUGGAGGCGGCGGAGGAGGCGGCGGCGGCGGCGGAUUUGGAGGCGGAUUUGGCGGCGGGGCCGGAGGUGGCUUUGGGGGCGGCUUCGGCGGCGGCGGCGGAUUCGGAGGAGGCGCAGGAGGCGGAGGCGGCUUAGGCGGCCUUGGCGGAUUGUUGGGAGGUGGCAAAGGACUUGGAGGCGGCGGCGGAUUAGGAGGAGGCGGAGGUCAUGGAGGUGGAUUAGGAGGAGGCGGAGGUCACGGAGGUGGAGGUGGAUUGGGAGGAGGAGGCGGAUUAGGAGGAGGGGGCUCCGGCGGAUUAGGAGGAGGCGGUGGCCAUGGAGGUGCCGGUGGUGGCGCAAUUGGUGGCUCUGGAGGUUUCGGUUCUGGAGGAGCUGGAGGACAUGGAGGAGGAUUAGGAGGAGGAAAUGGAGCUGGCGGAGGAUUAGGAGGAGGCGGAGGAUUGGGAGGAGGCUCCGGAGGUGCCGGAGGCGGAGCAAGUAGUGGCUCUGGAAGCUAUGGAGGCGGCAGUUCUGGCGGACUAGGAGGAGGCGGCGGCUCUGGAGGACUAGGCGGAGGCGGCGGUUCUGGAGGACUAGGAGGCGGUGGUCUGGGAGGUGGAAACGGACAUGGCGGAGGAGCUGGCGGAUCUGUAGAAAUUAUUGGAGGAGGAUCUGGGGGACUUGGAGGUGGACAUGGAGGGGGAUUGGGAGGAGGAGCCGGCGGAGGUGGAGCCGGUGGAGGUGGAGCUGGAGGAGGAGGAUUAGGAGGAGGAGGAUUAGGAGGUGGACAUGGAGGUGGAUUAGGCGGAGCAGGUGGAGCCGGAGGCGGUGGAGCAGGAGGCGGUGGAGCAGGAGGCGGUGGAGCAGGAGGCGGUGGCUUUGGCGGCAGUAGCGCUAACAGUGGCAGCAGUAGCAGCAGCGGCAGCUUCGGCGGCGGUAAAGGCGGAGGUCUUGGAGGCGGCGGAGGUCUUGGCGGCGGCGGCUCCGGAGGUUUCGGCGGCUCCGGUGGCUCCGGCGGCUCCGGAGGCUUUGGUGGCUCCGGCGGCGGAGGUGGUAAAGGAGGAGGCUUCGGCGGAGGUGGUGGAGACGGAGGUUUCGGCGGCUCCGGCGGCGGUGGCGCCGGAGGUUUCGGUGGCUCCGGCGGUUUCGGCGGCUCCGGCGGUGGCGGUAAAGGAGGCGGCUUCGGAGGUGGAAAUGGAGGUUUCGGCGGCGCCGGCGGCGGUGCUGGUGGAUUCGGUGGGUCCGGCGCCGGAGGCUUUGGCGGUGGUAAAGGCGGCGGCGGUGGACUCGGCGGCGGCGGCGGUCUUGGAGGAGGCGGUGCCGGCGGAUUCGGAGGUUCCGGCGGCGGCGGCUUAGGUGGUGGAGGCGGUGGCCAUGGAGGCGGCGGCUUCGGUGGCCACGGCGGCGGCGGUCAUGGCGGCGGCGGCGGCGGCGGAUUCGCAAGCAGCAAAAGCAGUAGCUUCGCCUCAAGUUCUGGAGGAGGACAAGCCUCGGCGUCCUCAUCAGCAUCGGCUUCCAGUUUUGGGAAAAGUGGAGGCUACGGCAAAUAAAAUGAAAUUUUAAUUUUUAUGAUACUCUACCUAGUGUAAGAAAAAUUUCUGUAAAUGUAAAAUUGUACUGAUAAUAAAUAUAACGUAAAAUAUUUA